AUGGCCAAGGAGAAGCUGCAUGGUGGUUGGGAUGAAGCAUAUAAGUUGCUGCCUAGAUAUGCUGAGAUGAUUAAGCAAACUAACCCAGGGAAUUAUGCACUGAUAACAUGGGGGGCCAGUAGUGGGGAUGUGAACCCUGAAUUCAGAGAUUGCUUCUUCUCUUUUGCUGCACAAAUCAGAGGGUUUCUAAGGGGUUAUGGGGCUCAUUUAAGUGGUUUUUAUAAGGGCAUUCUACUCACAACACUUGGCAUUGAUGGGAACAAUGAAAUAUUUGUUCUGGCCUAUGGGAUAAAGGACACUAAGAGUUGUGAUAGUUGGACCUACUUCAUGAGAUGCUUAAGGCAAAUGUGUGAGCAGGAGGGUUGCAACAGCGAUGAUUGGACCUUCAUAAGUGAUAGGAUGAAGGGAGUUGAAUUAGCAGUUAGAGAAACCUUUCCUAAAGCAACUAGGAGAGUUUGCUACCAACACUUAUACAUGAACUGUAAGAACAAUGUCUUCAGUGGAUCUGCAUUCCACAAGUUAUUUUGGAUAGCUGCUGAUGCAUACAAUAACUAUGGGUAUGGUAAGGCAAUGGAGAAGAUCACCGAUUGGUAUACAUCAAUCAGAAGUUGGUUUAUGCAGAGGGUAGGGGCUAGAUUUGACAAGGCAAUUGACAUGGAGGAUGGCCAGCUUACUACAUAUGCAGUAAAAGAGUUGGAGGAUAGAACAACUGAGUCCAGGUUAUGUUAUGGCACAACCUGUGGAGGGGGUGAAUUUGAGUUUAGGGAUGGACAUGUUAACUUCCUGAUCAGGCUUGCAACAAGAAGUUGUGCCUAUGGGAAGUGGCAGAUCUGUGGAAUCCCCUGCAAGCAUGCACUGUGA